UGUCCUCAGCCUUUAAAUUACUCGUGAUUUUCUUGUCAUUAUUCAACUUUAAUAAUGACUAUUUUUCUGUAUUUUUUUAAGACGUAGCCAUUCUUAUCAUGAAGAGCGUUGUUGUUACAAGCUCUUUACCAGAUAUUGUAUAUUUCUGGGCGGAUGAAGAAUUCAAGUCGCACUUGAAUAGUGUGUUCUUGAAAGACGGUGUCAUCAGCCAAGAUGAUGAUCCAACUAACGUUGACUUGAAUGCUGUCUUGCAGUAUUUUUCACCUCUGAUCUUGUCACAGAGGUGUAUGAAAAGAGAGAAUUGUGGUUACAAAUCAAUCACCCUUGGAAAUGGCAUUAUCAUUGUCAUUGAUCAGAGAGAUGACUAUGUGUAUCUUACUCUAAAUGGUGAUGGACAAGAGUCUGAGGAGUUUUUGAGGCGGAAACUCAGAGUUUUUCAGUGCCUCAUAAGUUUUCAUUUUGGACCAAAUACAGAACUUUUGAAACCUGAAAGUAGAGAGGUGCGAAAAGAUCUGUGGGAAUCUCUGAGCCAUAUUUUAAAGACAUAUUGUUUUCUUUGCUCUCAACAGCAAGGUUUUCUCGUUGAAGCGAAUGAAAUGAUUCAAGUAAAUCAGCGUGUGAAUGAAAUGAGUAUUCAUUUACUUGAAUCUGUCCUAAGCAAAGCAAACAAAGAAGGGGAUCCACAAGCUAAACAUGCCAUGCUUUUUGUUAAUUCAAAAGUUCUUGCCCUCUACUCACACAAUAAUGCAAGUAAACUUCAAGCUCCUGAUAUCAUGUUGCUAACAACACUUGUUUGCUCCAAGUUUUCUCUUCCUCCUCAAUCAAUCCCCCUCUCUGCAAACAGAAGUCCUCCCCCCCUGGCACAUGAUAUUAUCAAGUUUGACAAUGUUCAAAUCAAAGCAAAAGACUGUCCUUUUGAGAACACAGAUCAAGACUCCAGCUCACCAUUUGGGGAAGUAAGAUCAACCAGUUUUGAGAUUGUAUCUCCUAAAAACACAACUCCCUCGAUAGAGGAUACUACAGAUACUACAGAUACUACAGAGCAAGGCUCUUCAAGAACAGAAAACAAUGAAACUUUUGAAGAUAUAAAUAAAGGAAAGUGCUCCACUGAUUCCGUAAGUUCCGAAAGGUACUACACCCCAGAGGAAGAUGAAAAAUUUUUCUCAGAAACUACGGAAAGUUUUGUAACGAGCAAAACAAGAUUAUGGGAUGAAACAAGUAACAGCAGUAACAGUUUUGUUGAUCAGGAUAAUGAACUGUUUCGUAGACGAAUAUUCUUGAAACCAAGACCUGGGAUCUUUGUUCCACAUACAGUACAUGGGCUACAAAUAUCUCCUGGAACAGUCCUGGUCAUCAUCAGUGAGGUGAGGAAAUGUGAAAUUGCGAAAGAGAUUUGUAGCUUGAUUUCGAUUUUAUCUGGUUUGCUUGAAGUCAGAGUGAAAGAUAUGGCAAAUAUGAUGGAGAAGAUGGAACAACAUAUGAAGAAAAUUACUGAAGUCUUCAAGAACAAAUCCGCACAAGCCAAGGAGAAAAGCGUAGACGUGCGCGUGAACGCGCUCCGACAGAAAUGGGAGAAAGUAAAGUCAAACGACUUGCUCAGUUAUCUGCAAGGAAAAGAACGACAAUUGUCAGGGAGACUUGAAGGAGCUCUUGUAGACAUGUCCAGAGGUUUGCUGAUGUUAUUUGGGACUGCUUUUUGUGCUGGCGAUCUAAUGAAAGGUCCGUCCAUCAGCAUUCACCAUGCAAAAACGUUGUACAGAAUACAAGAAAUGGUCCAGAUGGAGUUGAAGGAUUAUAAGGGGUUUUUAUCAGUCAAAGGAGAACGUAAUAUCACCAUGACAAGAUAUUUAGAAGAGUUUCCAGGUCUUAUUCAUUUUAUCUACGUUGAUCGCACAGCCAAUCGUGUGAUCGCGCCGUCGAUAAACACAGACGUUUCUCAAGUAUUCAACCAUCGUGAUGCUGCACAUUUUAUUAAACAGAGUGUUUGGGAUGGAUGGAAUUACAUACAGACAUUUCUUGUACAAGGUUACAUGAAUGUUUCUGUCCGUUAUGGAGAUUUUCUCUUCACGUACAUUUUAUGGUUUGAAGACUCUUCGGGAAAUCAGAGAAACGUCAAAGAUACCAAUGCAUUUGUGGCUGAAUUCCCAGAAGCUCCUGGAAUCAUUGGCUCCUACUUUUACAGUGAGUUAAAGCGACGCUGUUUUCCGUCCACCCCCCAAGACAAGAUUUGUUGUCACGAAUUGUUCUGUAUGCACUUGGGCGUGUUACCGCUGAGUCAAGCAACAGGGCAUUCUCGCAGGCUCGCUGCCAUGAUGUGGGAGGUCUCGGGUGGAGCGAUGGUGGUCCCAUUACUUGCGUAAACAUUUUUCAAAUUACGUGCGAUUUAUAAAGCGAUUACGCAUAAAAACGCGAAAAAAACGGUCAAAUAAAUUGGCAGGCACUCUAUUUUUAAGGCCAAUUUUUUAUGGCAAUAAUUUGAUGUGGAACUUUGCCAGUGGGUUGUCGUUUUGGCUUGUUUAGGAUUCGUCUAAGACGUUUACACAAUAAUGAUAUACAACGGUCAAUAUCAUAAUAUGAAAGAAAUCUGUGCUGACGUAACAAAUAUAGUAACUAGUCGAGUAUAAAUUUCGAUAGAAUAAUGAAUCUGUAUUAUGAUCGUUUGUAAAAUGAAGUGAUUACGAAAACC